GGUGUCUUCUGGCAUUUAUUCGUAGCAAAAUACAUAUACACGAGGGCGAUAUCUGUAUUUGUGGGGUUACCUAUUACAGCAACUUGAAGAUAUCAGUUCCAACUCUUCAAUGAACCCAACCCUUCACGGAUGAAAUCGCAAGUCCAGGUUGAAGCUGUUCCGCAGCACUACACCUACAUACCUUACACACCAAUCACGAGAAGCGACCAUGAGUGCCGCCACCGCUGAAACCAGUCGCCGAGAGAACAUGAAUGCUGAGCAGAAAAGGCACCGAUGCCCAGUCUGCCAACAAACGUUUGGACGAGUUGAACAUUUGACUCGCCAUUCAAGGAGCCACUCGGAUAAACGUUCUCUCAAGUGCGAUUACUGCCAGAAAGGCUUUUACAGGGGCGAUGCUUUACGGCGCCAUGAACGGCUUCACAAAGAACCAAAGAGGAGCGCAUUCCGUAGGGGUGCCCGGGCUUGCCUUGCCUGUGCAAAAGCGCGUAGAAGGUGCAGUGGCGAUAAUCCGUGUGCUGCUUGUGAAAAGAGGUCAAUCAAUUGCAAUUAUCCAGCCAUCACCAACUCUAAAGAAUCGUCAGAAUCAUGGCCUCACAUGUCCCAUUCACCUACGAAUGCGGGUGGAAGCCAUGAGGAGCUCAACCCAUUUGUUUCCCAGCGCAGUUUCGACUCCAAUCGAACUGUCAUGACUGCGACCAUCAUGGAGACGACAGGUUUUCAAUCCGUGGGGCGCAGUCCACAGAGUGUAGCACAACCUCGAACAUCUCUUUGCUCUCAUGAUAAUAUACUGGGUCAAUCACCUGAUAUGCCCGCUAAUCUACCUCCCCGGCCCUUUCUGAGAGAUUCGUUGCUGGAAUUUCAGCAAGGGGCAGGCUCUGAAGCUCAACAAACCUGGUCCUCAGGGGAGCCAGCUUCGCAACCAAGCAUGGCGAAUAAUACCACACAAGUUUCAAGGCGAUCAGAACCCAGAUUUUGGCGUCAUAACCGUCUGUCGUCUAUCAAUUGGCUUCCUGACAACUGGAUUCCGGAUUUCGAUUUCAACUCUGGGCAAUCACCGCCGCAAGCUACAGGUAGCUACGCUGGCCCUGCGCAAAUAUCCCAAGACCGAUCAAUGAGCGGCCCUGAUAUUGGUAGCGCGGCGUUAAAUGUGAAUGAAAAUACAUCUCCUUUCAGUAAUGACCAAGGGAUCAUCGCCCCGGAGAAUUCCAAUAGCAAAGGGGUCGGUUACUACUAUGUCGACGGAGAUGGCGCACGACUGCCUCGUAUACGCAAAGCAUUACAUCAAUCUGCUCAUCAAUCCCCAGUUACCUAUGCCCAGCUCACCGACGCUGAUGGACCGGAAACUAUCUAUAACAAAUACGGAUUCCCCGGCUGUGAAUACGGAGCUCACGACGGUGCCAAUAUCUCAUCAUCGGGGAAUCAGCAGAUUCCUAUAGAGAUCUACAGGGAUAUAUUACAUGCUUUUAAUCAAACGUGUAUAAUAUCAUCGUACUUUCCUCCUUUUCAAUCUGCUGACUUUCCAUCACUAGAGUCAGUGGGUUUAUUUGUUCGCCUCUAUACCGAACAUUUCCAGCCUACUCUGCCAUUUAUCCAUCCAGCGACUUUCAAUCCCUUGAGCUCUCACUGGCUACUCGUACUGGCAAUGGCUGCAAUUGGAAGUCACUAUGCUAAAAUUGAACAUGUCCAAGUUCUUGUCGUGGCCAUGCAUGAGUUUCUGCGACGUGCUAUAAACAUGGUUUUGGAAACAGGCCAUGAUGCAAGUAUUGAGAGACUUGUCUUUACGCAAGUGAGAUUGCUAAGCUGUAUCGGAAUGAUGUACUGCGGAGCUCAGCAGUUGAUUGAGCGGGCCAAGGCCUCCAGGAUCGACUUGGUUGCAUUCUGUGAGACAGAAUGGGUCAACUAUACAGAGCAAGAAGACCAAUUACUGAGAAGCCAUACAGUCGACCAAGCAACCUCCGACUGGAAGGCGUGGUGUUGUGCGGAGAGCCGCCGAAGAACUGGCUACACCAUAUGGCUGCUAGAUUGUAUGUGGGCAUUUCAAUUCCAGGUGCGCCCUCUUCUAUCUUUGGAAGAUGCCAGAGUUCCUGUACCAUGUCAAGAGGUUCUGUGGGAAGCAGGCACGGCUCUCGAUUGGCGGCAGCUCUACAGCGUCUCAACAAAGAAUCCAUCAUUGCAUGAAGUCAUUCAGAUCUUGUACGUCGAGAAACGACUCCAGUCUUCAACGGGCGAAUUCAGUCGAAUUCUUUGCAUCCACGCUCUUUUUCGGCGAACUUGGGAAGUAGAAGCCUACUUCAAACAGCCACUUACCCUUUGGAGUCCUGCCGCGGAACAGCAAGCCAUCAAGUCCAAAGAGAUGUCGAGUCCUGUCUGGCUUCCGGAAAUUCAGACAUAUUCCCGAUGGAGGAAUUCCGCUUGUGACUGCCUCGAUGUUCUCCACUGGCACGCAAACAGUGUCAUUGGUGCCGCAGGUGGGAUGGAACAUCCAACGGUCCUUCAUCUUCACCUUGCUCGAGUAGUUUUACUCACACCAUUCCGACAUAUAGUACAAUUGGCUCUUUUAAUGACCAGGGAACGGGAACCAGAGAGUGAUGAACAAAUUACUGAAGCAAGAACCCAUAUACGACGAUGGGCCAUGGAAGAUCAAUAUAAGGCGAGGCUCGCUAUGAUCCAUGCUGGAGUCUCGUUUUGGCAUGUUCGUCGUUAUUCAGUAGAUGGCUUCUACGAACCGUCAGCUGUGUUUCUUGCUACCCUUGCAAUGUGGGCUUACGGCACAUUUGCUCCCCACACAUCUAGGCCAAUAGAGGAUUCCCAUUCUCCCCAGAGUGAUGAAGAUGCCGGAUCUCCAUUUCCCACCUCCAUGCAAUUGGAUAGGCCUGCUGAUGAUGAGCUUGUGCAGUUAUUUGUGAAAAGAGGAGGGUCUAUUCGUGCAAAUGUCACGGGCGUUGGAGAUCUAUGCAGCCCAAAGGGUCCUAGUCGUGUGCUACUGGAGGGCAGAAAGCUGCUUAUGGAUUUAAAAUGUUGGGGAUAUAGUCAUUGGAUUGUCCGGACUUUGACACUUCUUAUAGAGAUCUGCUAACAGAACAUAUCAUUGGAAGUUUAGAAAUGCAUGCUACAUUGACUGGAGCAUACACACACCCCUCAUCAUUGAUUGAAGUUAAUCGACGAUGUAAGAAUUGUAUUCUCUCACUGGUCCUUCCAGAGUAUAGUAGCAAAACACGAG